AUGUCAGAAGUUCGUCGCUCGACCAGAAUACGUGACAAGUCGUCCAAAGAUGAUGAGGAACGUGAACAAACGGAUUCGAUGGGCUUAAUUCAUGCGGAUGAAGACAUUGAUAUCGGCACCGGAUCAGAAGAUGAGACGGACAACAAUCACGCACAUCGCUCAGUAGAUGAUGAGGACUAUCAAGAACCCAAAGCCAAGAAGAGAAAGCGAGAACAAAGCGACAAGCCACAGGGGCGAGAAACUCAGCAUCGUUCCAAGAGGACCCGAACACCAUACUCCAAUUUAAGCAAGUACUCGAAGAAAAACAGCGAUGCUUUUUUACAAAUGCAGCAGGGAUUCGAGCCGACAGAACUGUUUCAAAUUAUGGCACACUCUGAAGACUACUCGAUCGAAGAAUUAUCUAAUAGCUGGCUCGAAUCAUAUUCUGCAAAUAGGACUCAAGCGCUUCAAGAAUUUAUCAAUUUCCUUUUGAACUGCUGUGGUUCUUUGAUUCAGGUUCAAGAACAUGAUGUAGCCUCUAAUGAGACCGCCAACGAAACAGUGGGCGAGAUUCAACUUUUAUUUCAAAAUCAGGAACUUCAUGAAUCAUACUUACUCUUAAGCAAGACAAACAAGAGACGAGCCAGAUACAAGCCACUAUAUCACAACUUUACCGAAUUCAUGCACAAGCUGAUCGAGGUAGCAAACGAACGUGGUCUGCUAUAUGAAGAGUCUGUGGGUUCAGAUAGCGCAGGCAAUGAAAAUAGUUCUUUGAUUUUGGAUCUUUUGACAUGGCUUUCCUCAUUGUCGGUGAGCAAAAUCAGAUGCCUCAGGCAUGUCGCCACCUUAUGUAUGUAUUCUUUCCAAGAUUAUUUGACGGAGCUCAGUGUGGAUCUCGAAAACAAUUAUCUAGUCAAAUUAAGACGACAGUUGAGCAUGGAAGAGAAGAAGAAGCGAGCCAAUCCCAAGACCGCUGAAAAAUUAGAAUCUACCAUUGUAGAAAUCCAAGAAUCCAAGUCAGUCGUGGAAAACAGCAUCGACAAUAUUAUAAAGCUGGCUUUUGUACAUCGCUUUAAAGACGUAGAUGAAGCUAUAAGAGCAGAUUCGAUGGUGCACCUUGCUAUAUGGCUUGAAAAUUAUCCCGAAUACUUCAUGAAAGUUACGUUUCUCAAAUAUUUUGGUUGGCUUCUAUCAGACCUGUCAUCAACGGUGCGAUUACAGGUACUCAAAGUUCUUUUGGAAGUUCUCAAGUUUGAUAGCAAGCGAAGUAAGCACAAAGUUGGAAAUUCUGCAAUUCGCCAAUUUUUCGAAAGGUUCAAGCAACGAAUUCUCGAGAUGUGUCUAAAAGAUAUCGAUAUGCAAGUGAGAAUUACCGCCAUCCAGGUUUUAACCCAAGUCAAUUCAUUCGGCUACUUGGAAGACAAUGAAAUUUCUAAAGUAUCGAGCCUAAUUUUCAAUUACCAAAGGAUUAACACUACCUCAGCAGCGAGAAAUGCUAAAUUACUGAGUUCCGUUGCCAAAUUUUUCGCCAGUGUUCAAAAGGAUAAAAUGGAUCUUGUUCUCGAGUCGUAUACAUUCCCAACCAAAUCAAAAGUAUUGAAGUCCCACGACAUUGUGGAAGUAGGAUUUUUUAUGAAAACGUUGAUCAAAUCUAUGUCAAGCUACUUGAGUGACCUAAAUGAUGAAUGUACAGUACAAGAAAGAACGCACUUGAUAUUUCAAGCGGCGGAGUUUCUUGAACCAUAUUUUGGAAAUUUGAUUGUCUCCAUGUGUGAGCUGUUAUCAUUUGAUGGAAGUUUAGAUGGCUUCGCCGACGUCGAAGAAGAAGACAACAACGGUGAAAAAUUGCUGCUUUUGCCAACUGAUGAAAACAGUACAGCUCAAUAUGUGGUGGUUUUGAGUGGCUUGUGCAAUGGCGGAGCUAACGAGAAAAAUUCGAAGAAAGCAGAAAACACAACAAGAGUCUUGCCCCAUUUAGCAAAAUUAUUCACAACAUUACCACUGCAUUCGGGUGUUGUAAUGCGUUAUCUUUUCAGCAUUUACACUCUUUUCACAUUUGAAGAAUGGGUAGCUGCUCAUUUAGAGCCCCAGUUCCAAAAAAUUACCGACUCAAUCGUCAAAAUCUUCGACAGAUUGCAAUUCACUAAUGAUCGAGACGAUAUCAAGCGAUCAUCAUUUGCUAAACUUCUACAGUAUCACAAAAACUUAGGGUUGCCUCAAAUAAAUGAGCUAUGGAAGAACCAAGUUGGCCAACUUCGAAUCUCACUACAGAUCUUUUUAGAGACAAAGACCGAUGAUUUCAGUGAGUCUGAGUCCGAUGAGCUAUUCACGAACGUUUUUGAGAUGUACGUCAACAAGUUGGUACUUCUUGGUAAAAUUGUUCCGUUGGACAUCACUUCGGACUUCCUUCAGUUGUUUUUCGUUAAAAUUGUGGACAAGCUGCCGCAUGUUUUGAAUUCGUUACAGAAGGAAACCAUUAAAGAGAUAGACUUCAGAUUUAUAACCUUGGUUGUCACCUGGAAUCUGCAGCAAUGGUUUAACAUUCUACAGAAUAGCACUGACGCAAGUCCGCUCUCUAGGAGCGUACUUGAGACAGUCACGAACGUGAUAAAUCAACUGACUCAUAACUUAUCUAUCAUGGGAAGUUGUCAAACAAACGAACUGCAAACUCGUUUGCACAUUAAUUGGAAGUUCUGUGACACUCUUUGCGAUUGUUUGACAGCCUUCAAAAUGUUUGAGUUAAAUAUUCCUGACAGAGAUUAUGAUUGGCAACAGGCUAUGGUCCAAACUUACGCUAUAAAUGUCGGGUCAAAGCUGACACAGUCGUUUCUUGAUGUGUUUUUGUAUUUGGAAGGCUUACGCGCGAAAGAAUUAGGGGUUUAUUUGGACCGUUCUGAGGACGAGGAUGUAAAUCUAAACAGCAUCUCGGAUGAUACAAUCGAUAAUGUUGAGCAAGAACUAAUUGUAUAUGUGGUGAAGCUGAAAGGCCUGAUGAAUUUAGGACUUCUUGAUGCUAGUGGCAUCGAGAGCCGAAUCGCCAUGAACAAAGAUGUAUUAGGAGAGGAAUUUGUCUCGGUUGUUGAUGAUACGGCCUUCGGUUCUCAAUCAGCUCCCAAAAGACAAUUAGCAUCUGCAAAUCACGAGCAUCAAGUUUUCGACCAAAGUAUUCAAAGUGAUCAAGAAUCGGAUUUAGGUCAAGAACCUUCGGCUCACAACGACAGGCCGUCAUUAAAUGCUUCAGCUACCAUAUUGGAAGAGGCAGAACCUCGUGAACCUAGUUCCCAGUAUCUGUAA